GCUCCACCUACAGCGUCUUGUCGAUCAUGCCCUCAGACUCAGAAAGCAGCAGCUCCCUCAGCAGUGUGGGAACCACGGGGAAGGCGCCGUCCCCGCCGCCCCUGCUCACUGACCGCCAGGUGAAUGAGAAGGUGGAGAACCUCUCCGUCCAGCUGCGGCUCAUGACGCGAGAGAGGAACGAGCUGCGGAAGCGCCUGGCCUUCGCCACUCACGGGACCACCUUUGACAAGAGGCCCUACCACAGGCUGAACCCCGACUAUGAGAGGCUGAAGAUCCAGUGCGUGCGGGCCAUGUCGGACCUGCAGAGCCUGCAGAACCAGCACACCAAUGCCUUGAAGAGGUGUGAGGAGGUGGCCAAGGAGACCGACUUCUACCAUACACUCCACAGCCGGCUCCUGAGCGACCAGACCCAGCUGAAGGACGACGUGGACAUGCUGAGGCGGGAGAAUGGGCAGCUGCUGCGGGAGCGGAACCUGCUGCAGCAGUCAUGGGAGGACAUGAAGCGGCUCCACGAGGAGGACCAGAAGGAGAUUGGUGACCUCCGGGCUCAGCAGCAGCAGGUGUUGAAGCACAACGGGUCAUCAGAAAUUCUCAACAAGCUGUACGACACGGCCAUGGACAAGCUGGAGGUGGUUAAGAAGGACUACGAUGCCCUGCGGAAGAGGUACAGCGAGAAGGUUGCCAUCCACAACUCGGACCUGAGCCGCCUGGAGCACCUGGAGGAGGAGAACCAGCGGCUGCUGAAGCAGACGGACAUGCUGACGCAGCAGCGGGACACGGCCAUCCAGCUGCAGCACCAGUGUGCCCUCUCCCUGAGGAGGUUCGAGGCGAUCCACCAUGAACUGAGCAAGGCCACGGCCCAGAACAAGGACCUGCAGUGGGAGAUGGAGCUGCUGCAGUCGGAGCUGACAGAGCUGCGCACCACGCAGGCCAGGACCGCCAAGGAGUCGGAGAAGUACAGGGAGGAGCGGGACGCGGUGUACAGCGAGUACAAGCUCAUCAUGAGUGAGCGGGACCAGGUCAUCUCCGAGCUGGACAAGCUACAGGCCGAAGUGGAGCUGGCCGAGUCCAAGCUCAAAAGCAGCACGUCGGAGAAGAAGGCAGCCAGCGAGGAGAUGGAGGCGCUGCGACAGAUCAAAGACACGGUGACGAUCGAUGCUGGGAGAGCCAACAAGGAGGCUGAGAUUCUUCGAAAGCAGUGCAAGGCUCUGUGCCAGGAGCUGAAGGAAGCCCUCCAGGAGGCAGAUGUGGCCAAGUGCCGGCGGGACUGGGCCUUCCAGGAGCGGGACAAGAUUGUGGCGGAACGGGACAGCAUCCGGACUCUGUGUGACAACCUGAGGCGGGAGCGGGACAGGGCAGUGACCGAGCUGGCCGAGGCCCUGCGCAGCCUGGAUGACACUCGCAAACAGAAGAAUGACGUCAGCCGGGAGCUCAAGGAGCUCAAGUAUGCUGGGGUGGGCGCCUGCCUGGGCUGCUCUUGUACAAGGGCCCUGGCCACGGCUCCCUCUCUUCGCAGGGAGCAGAUGGAAUCCCAGCUGGAAAAGGAGGCCCGGUUCCGGCAGCUGAUGGCCCACAGCUCCCAUGACUCAGCCAUCGACACCGAUUCCAUGGAGUGGGAAACGGAAGUUGUAGAGUUUGAAAGGGAGACGGAGGACAUUGAUUUGAAGGCACUGGGGUUCGAUAUGGCAGAAGGUGUGAAUGAGCCUUGUUUGCCCGGGGACUGCGGCAUAUUUGUCACUAAGGUGGACAAAGGAAGCAUUGCAGACGGCCGCUUACGGGUCAAUGACUGGCUGCUGAGGAUCAACGACGUGGACCUCAUCAAUAAGGACAAGAAGCAGGCCAUCAGGGCGCUCCUCAACGGGGAGGGCGCCAUCAACAUGGUCGUGCGGCGCAGGAAGUCCCUGGGCGGGAAGGUGGUCACUCCGCUGCACAUCAACCUGAGCGGACAGAAAGACAGCGGCAUCAGCCUGGAGAACGGAGUGUAUGCUGCUGCUGUGGUGCCUGGGAGCCCGGCCGCCAAGGAGGGGUCCCUUGCCGUGGGAGACAGGAUCGUGGCGAUCAAUGGCAUUGCACUGGACAACAAGUCUCUGAAUGAGUGUGAGUCUCUGCUGCGUAGCUGCCAGGACUCCCUGACGCUCUCCCUCCUGAAGGUGUUUCCUCAGAGCUCCUCAUGGAGUGGCCAGAACAUCUUUGAGAACAUCAAGGACUCUGAUAAGAUGUUGAGUUUCCGAGCCCACGGCCCAGAGGUCCAGGCUCAGAACAAACGGAACUUGAUGCAGCACAAUAACUCCACGCAGACGGACAUCUUCUACACGGACAGGCUGGAGGACAGGAAGGAGCCGGGCCCCCCAGGAGGCAGCAGCUCCUUCCUGCACAAGCCGUUCCCUGGGGGACCCUUCCCAGCCUCCCCCCAGACGUGUCCCAGCGCCUCCGAGCGUAGCCUGAGCUCCUUCCGCUCAGAUGCCUCUGGGGAGCGUGGCUAUGGGCUGGCGGAUUCGCGGAGCCGGCGGCCACUGCUGCCCUUCGAGACUGAGGCUGGUUCCUGCGGGGCGACCGAGGCUCCCCUGGGUAAGGCCGAGCCCGAGAGCCCCAACAGCGGCGGGACCUGGCCCAAGGCCGUGCUUAGCUCCACGGCAGGGCCCGAGAAGCUCUCUGUUUACAAGAAGCCAAAGCAAAGAAAGUCCAUCUUUGACCCUAACACGUUCAAACGCCCCCAGACGCCACCCAAAAUAGACUACCUGCUCCCAGGCCCUGGGCCUGCUCAUUCCCCCCAGCCCUCCAAGAGGGUGGGCCCGCUGACGCCCCCAAAACCUCCCAGGAGGAGUGACUCCAUUAAGUUCCAGCACAGGCUAGAAACCAGCUCUGAGUCAGAGGCCACUCUGGUGGGCAGCUCCCCAUCCACCAGCCCCCCGAGUGCCCUGCCCCCCGACGUGGACCCUGGGGAACCCAUGCACGCCUCACCUCCUCGCAAGGCCAGGGUCCGCAUUGCUUCCAGCUACUACCCUGAAGCGGAUGGAGACUCCUCCUACCUGCCUGCCAAGAAGUCGUGUGAUGAGGACCUCACGUCCCAGAAGAUGGACGAACUGGGCCAGAAGCGUCGCCGCCCAAAGUCUGCCCCCAGCUUCCGGCCAAAGCUCGCACCAGUGGUGAUUCCUGCUCAGUUCCUGGAGGAGCAGAAGUGCAUCUCAGCCAGUGGAGAAGUCUCCCCAGAGUUCCAGGAGUGGUCCCCUUACUCGCCAGGGCACUCCAGCCGGCACAGCAAUCCCCCACUCUACCCCAGCAAGGCAUCUGUGGGCACCGUUCCCCGGAGUAUGACCCCGAGCACCACUGUGAGCUCCAUCCUGAGGAACCCCAUCUACACUGUGCGUAGCCACAGGGUUGGCCCUUGCAGCUCUCCACCCGUCCCCAGAGAGAUCGGCCCCCAGGUUUUGCAUCCCAGUGUCCAGCACCAGGGACGCCUGAGCCUGGAUCUGAGCCACAGGGCCUGCAGCGACUAUUCUGAGAUGAGAGCUUCCCAUGGGUCCAACUCACUGCCCUCCAGUGCCCGCCUUGGGUCUUCAAGCAACUUGCAGUUCAAGGCCGAGCGCAUUAAAAUCCCAUCAACACCAAGAUACCCGCGGUCUGUUGUGGGCUCUGACAGAGGUUCGUUGUCUCAUUCUGAAUGCAGCACGCCUCCGCAGUCACCCCUCAACAUCGACACCCUGUCCUCUUGUAGCCAGUCCCAGACCUCAGCUUCCACGUUGCCUAGAAUUGCAGUCAACCCUGUGGCCCUUGGUGAGCGGAGAAAGGACAGGCCCUACAUGGAGGAGCCUCGCCACGUGAAGCUGCAGAAGGGCUCGGAGCCGCUGGGCAUCUCCAUUGUGAGUGGAGAGAAGGGCGGCGUCUACGUCUCCAAGGUGACGGGGGGCAGUAUCGCUCACCAGGCCGGCCUCGAGUAUGGAGAUCAGUUGCUUGAGUUCAAUGGCAUAAAUCUGCGGAGUGCCACGGAGCAGCAGGCCCGGCUCAUCAUCGGGCAGCAGUGUGACACCAUCACCAUCCUGGCCCAGUACAACCCACACAUGCACCAGCUCAGCAGCCACUCCCGGUCCAGCUCCCACCUGGACCCUGCCAGUACCCACUCCACUCUCCAGGGCAGCGGUGCUACCACCCCGGAGCAUCCCUCUGUCAUCGACCCGCUGAUGGAGCAGGAUGAGGGUCCUGGCACCCCCCCGACCAAGCAGAGUGCCCCCAACUCCAGGACUGUGGGAGAUGCCAACAAGAAGCCCCCAGAACCACGAGUUGUCUUUCUCAGAAAGUCCCAGCUGGAGCUUGGAGUGCAUUUAUGUGGUGGGAACCUGCACGGGGUGUUUGUGGCCGAGGUGGAGGAUGACAGUCCUGCCAGGGGCCCUGAUGGCCUCGUGCCAGGGGACCUCAUCCUCGAGUACGGCAGUCUGGACGUGCGCAGCAAGACGGUGGAGGAGGUCUAUGUGGAGAUGCUGAAGCCCAAGGAUGGCGUCCGCCUGAAGGUGCAGUACCGCCCAGAGGAGUUCACCAAGGUCAAGGGCCUGCCUGGCGACAGCUUCUACAUCAGGGCCCUGUAUGACCGGCUGGCAGAGGUGGAGCAUGAGCUGAGCUUUAAGAAGGACGACAUUCUCUACGUUGAUGACACCCUGCCCCAGGGCACAUUUGGGUCCUGGAUGGCCUGGCAGCUUGACGAGAAUGCGCAGAAGAUCCAGCGCGGGCAGAUCCCCAGCAAAUACGUGAUGGACCAAGAAUUCUCCAGGAGGCUCAGCAUGUCCGAAGUCAAAGAUGACAGCAACGCCUCAAAGACACUGUCAGCGGCUGCACGCAGAUCCUUCUUUCGAAGAAAACAUAAGCACAAACGCAGCGGGUCCAAAGAUGGCAAAGACCUCCUUGCCUUGGACACCUUUUCCAAUGACUCCAUUCCACUCUUUGAAGACUCAGUGAGCCUUGCCUAUCAGCGGGUCCAGAAAGUCGACUGUACCUCCCUGAGGCCCGUCCUGAUUCUGGGGCCUUUACUGGACGUGGUGAAGGAAAUGUUGGUGAAUGAGGCGCCUGGCAAGUUCUGCAGAUGCCCCCUUGAGGUGAUGAAGGCCUCUCAGCAGGCCAUCGAGCGAGGCGUCAAAGACUGCUUGUUUGUUGACUACAAGCGGAGGAGUGGCCAUUUCGAUGUGACCACGGUGGCUUCCAUAAAGGAGAUCACAGAAAAGAACCGGCACUGCCUGCUGGACGUGGCGCCCCAGGCCAUCGAGCGGCUGCACCACAUGCACAUCUACCCCAUCGUCAUCUUCAUCCACUACAAGAGCGCCAAGCAUGUCAAGGAACAGAGAGACCCCAUCUACCUGAAGGACAAGGUGACCCAGAGACAUUCCAAAGAGCAGUUUGAGACGGCUCAGAAGAUCGAGCAGGAGUACAGUAGGUACUUCACAGGGGUCGUUCAGGGAGGAGCCUUGUCAAGCAUUUGUGCUCAGAUCCUGGCCUUGGUCAAUCAAGAACAAAGCAAGGUCCUGUGGGUUCCAGCCUGCCCGCUGUAGAGGACGCUGUGCUGCGGAGUGACCGCGGCUCGCCCGCCUGUGCCAGGACCUGGCACAGCUCUUCAGUGACUGAAAAUAGAGUCUGUCUGAAUAUGAGCAUGAAGGGGAAGGAUCCACAAGCAGGCCUCCAGAAGCACCUCCUUGGAGACAGAGGGCUGCAGACGAACGGAUCUGGGCCCAGCCCAGCAGACUGUCUUCCUCUCACACGUGUGCUUUAGGACAAAACAGAAACCACAAACGACUUUGCUAGAGAGGUUCACCACCAACCUUCGGUAGCCAGCUGACCAGAGAUGCUGCAAAGAGAACCUUUCACACCACAAGUUUACAAGCCUUUUCUAAGUAUUUGGUUGUUUACGUUUACUUGAACGGCCCACGUUGGUGCCCAGCCCUGCCCCUCUGUCGAUCCCCCGUGUUGCUUUGGUGUUGGUUUUGUUCCUGUUUUCAGCAAAACAACUCUGGAACCUCAUGGGGCUGCUUUGCUUUGGAAGGUUCUUGUUGUUGGGACCAGAGCUCUGAAAGCUUUCUGCUCCUCGGUGGCAUCUCUCCUGGCAGGACAUUGGGACGGCAGAUGCUUAGACAUCAGUGGUGGCAGAACCAGUGCCUUUGUGGGGCCGACUCGCCAGCCGCAGUGGUUUCCCCACCUGCACCAGGGAAGGCGACACUGGCAGUCCCACAGACUUGUCUCAGACUUGCCCCCUGCCUUCUACGCCCUCUCAUUUCUUCUCCGCCUGCCUUUAUCAUUUCAGCAUUCUCUCCGGUCCAUCGGAGCCUCUUGGGUUCACAAUGACAACUCAUUCUGGGCAGGAUAUUCAGCUGAUGCAGGCCAGUGAGUCCUCUGGGCUCUGUAAAUAGCGACAGCCUUUCUCAGCGCAAUGUUUGCAGGGUACUUCUUAAACUGUAGAGUGGGCACACGCAUCAGCUCUGUGGAUAUGAAAAUUGUUUCAAACCGAGUUGAGAGUCUUCGGGGAAGCCUAGUGAUUUGUGUUGUCACCGUCAGAAUCUGAAAAGAGAAUGGGAUCUUUCAGUCUUGGCUGCAGACUCACGGCAUGAACAAUGCUCCAUGAGGACGUCUUCGUUCGGGAUUUGUUUUGUUUUUUCUUUUUUUUGCACUUCUGACGCUGGAUGUCUCUGGCUGAAGGUCUGAUGUGGUUCCUCCCUAAACUGUGCGUCCUGUUAAUAAUAGGUACUGUACGGGGCUCCGUGUAAGCGUCACGGGUAGGACCUAUAUUUUAAUACUGUUCCUAACAUUUCAUUUUACUGGCAAGAAAUCGUUGGUUUCACUUUAUUCUUUGUAAUUCUAGACACUAGAUUGUAGUUUCGCCAUACUGACAUUUUUUAAAAAGGGAUAUAUUUUCUUGCACAGUUGUUCAAAAAGAAACAUGUUUCAGUCCUCAGUGCUGCCCUUUGUGUUACAGGUACAAGUUUUCUAGCUCCGACAGCUAAGGCGCGUGGGCCGCCCCGAGGCCUCACGCGCGCGCUCUGGGCCGCGGCUCUGAGCGGCAGACGUGGGCUCGGCGGCACAGCGAGCACAGGUACUGUUCCGACAGGCUGGGAUUUUCUGUACUGAAACCUUACUUUGUAUCAAAAGUUAAACAGACUUUAGUACAAUAAAUAAAGGUCAAUUUCUGUAA